CGGGGACGUUACAGAUUAUUAUCACAAUGCGUAUCUAAACCAGGCAGCGCGUUGUCAAAACACUCCUUGCAUUGAUAUGUUUUGAAGGAGAAUAGCGCACACUUCAUUAUCUAUGACUUGGAAAGAUUCAAAUUUGAUGCUUCUCUUCACUUCUUUUUUGGCAAGUUGUACUUCUCACCUUGAUCCAGAGGGUCAGUUCUCAAAAUCCUCCCAAAUCCCUCUCCCGUCAUGCAAGGUCUCUGAAGUGAAUCUACUGAGACUAUGUACCCUGGCACCAUUACGAAUGAAGGUGAACUUGGAUAGACUCUUACUCAAUCAUGGAGCACCAUACCUUUUUUCUCCUGUGUGCAGUUAUGCUUACUUUACCUUGGCUUGCCACGGCCUUUCCCUCUCUCCUCAACGACUCACCAGCAUCCGACCUUCGAGUUAGUCACCUUGAUAGCCACAAAAGGCUUCGAAUUCUUCCCCUUGGGGACUCCAUAACCUGGGGCUAUCUCAGCAGUGACGGUAAUGGCUACCGUUUGGACCUCUUGAACCUAUUGUCACCAAUCCCAGUACAAUACAUCGGCUCUCAGCGAUCCGGUAACAUGACAGACAAUCACAACGAAGGCCAUCCCGGCGCUCUGAUCAACCAGAUUGCGGGAUACGCCUACGCCAGCCUUUCCGAACAGCCAAAUGUCGUGCUCUUGAUGGCAGGAACAAACGAUAUCAAUGAUCCAGUAAAUGCAAGCACCGCUCCACAAAGACUUGGAAGUCUCAUCGAUGAAGUCGUAGCAGCCUGCCCCAGAGCCGCGGUUCUAGUUGCCGAGCUCACUCCUAUCGCGAAUACUACUUCGGAAGCACGAGCCAAAGUUUUCAACGCCGCGAUUCCUGGGAUUAUAGCUCCCAAGGUGGAGGAGGGGAAGCAUGUUCUUACUGUGAAUAUGAGCGCAUAUGUUACGGCACAGAGAUUGAAGGACGGGCUACAUCCUACCGAUGUGGGAUAUGCGUUGAUGGCUCAGGCAUGGUACUUGGGGAUUCAGGAAGCAGCAGCGAAUGGGUGGAUUGAACCGCCUAUCAACACGUCUAAUGGUACUCCUCUUUCGGCCCCUAUCCCAAGUACUACACCUGUCUUGGCUUCAACCACAAUUGGCUAUCCCGUCUCAGCCCUUGCGCAAAGUACCACACUUGUUUCGGCAUCAACAGCAAAUAACUAUUCCGUGAGCUCAAGAGCCACGCAAAUCCCAACUACAGCCCCAAUCGGUUAUCCCAUCUCGACCUCAACGCCAGAGGGCAAUCCCGUCUCAGCACCUAGCCCCAAUACCACAAUCGUUUCAACAUCAGCAUCAAACGGCUAUGCCAUCUCGCCCUCCUUCAACAGCAGCACACCCAUCUCAACCCCAAGCCCAACUAUCCCUCCCACCUCCCACUCCCUUCUAAACACAACACUCAUCUCAACACCCCCGCCAACAAUCUCUCCAACCUCCUCCACCCCAGCUCCUCCACCCACUGCUCCCAGUUCCGGUUCCCCUCCUUCAAGAAACCAAUCAUGGAUAACAGUGUUUCUCACAGCCCUCUUCCUAUCCGCCAUGACCACAUUCUAAACCACUCACUCAUCACAUAACACGCAAGCCCGAAUCUAAACACCCCUCGUUAUCAAUCCUUACCAAGCAAUAUUCGCAGCUCUCUCAUAAAAGUGACAGGGGGAAUCAUCCAGAUUCUAUUUAUUCAUCGAAUUCCACUCUGGAAUCUGUGAUGUUUCCGCAGAUUCUAGAUCUUGGCAUCUAACCUCGUAUGGAAAUUCAACUCUCAAUAAAAUUCCUGUCUUAUAGGUAGCUUAUCUCAAGAGCUUUCUAUCAAUAUAAAGCUGCUUGCUUGCUAUUCACCACGCCUGUC